CGGUUAAAAAUCUGGCACACUCUAGGGUUUUUAGAAUUGGUUCAAUUUUCUCCGCUCUUGAAACUUACCAGUUCGACCCAUCGACAAUAGACUGACCUUCGCCCUCUACGUCCAAAAAACUCGAGACUUUGACAAAGACCCGUCAGUCCAAUAUCCGAAUAACAAUUUCGAUCAAAAUACGUCAAGAUGGUUCUCGCAAUCGAUCUCCUCAACCCAUCCCCAGCUGCUGAGGCACGCAAGCACAAGCUCAAGCAACUUGUCCCAGCCCCAAGAUCCUUCUUCAUGGAUGUUAAGUGCCCAGGAUGCUUCACCAUCACCACUGUCUUCAGCCACGCCCAAACCGUUGUCAUCUGCGCUGGAUGCUCAACUGUUCUCUGCCAACCAACAGGUGGUAAGGCUCGUUUGACUGAGGGCUGCUCUUUCAGAAGAAAGUAGAUUAGAUAUAUUCUUGCUACUUUUCUUUUGGCUUCGUCUUUUCGGUUAAUGGCAAUGGCUCAAUGAGGGUUUAGACAUGGUUCUAGUUUUCGAUACGCAAUUUGAUGGAUAGAAGAUGGACCUCACCCAAAAUUCCUUGCGAAAGAUCGAUGCAACAAGCAGCAGAGGGGCGUUUGGGAAAAUCCGGAUAUCUUGCAUCAAAUCAAAAACGAUUCCCUCAUAAAAUUUGAUUUAUUUUCGUGUGUACGAGUCGUUUGUGAUAUGAUUGAUCGCGAACGUAAAUACCUCCAUUGGUGGAUAUGAACGGCAGGAAAUGACGAUUCUACGAAUAUUCACGAUGAUAGAACGACCUGGAGUUGCGAGAACUUGGAUUGUCUCUUGAGGGCCUCGACAUAUUCUCAAUGGACAUGGAGCUUGUGCUAUAUCAAUCAACGAUGAUUCCACAUUCCCUUUUCAAU